GUUCAUUAGGCCGGAGACCUGACAUUUCAUGCUUAUUGUGAAAAAAAAAAGUCUAUAUAUUUUCUUCAUUCAUCCAUGAACAGAAACAAAAAAGCUAAUAUCAUCACCUUUUUCUUUUUUCUCCCUGCAUGUCACCAUAUAAUAUCUCUUUUUCCUCACUAAAAUUGUUUGUGAAUGUAGAGUCGUCAAGGUUUUAAGUAGCAAUGACACUUGUAUAAAAUAUAUAUGAGUUGUCAAGUUUUUUCACUCUAUAAAACAUUGUCAAAACAUAUAUAUCUUUCUCAUCAAUAUAGUACUAGAGCUAACUAGCUAGUAGUAUAGUAUUCCUUUAUUGUUUUGAAAGAAAGAAAAAAUGGAGGAGACUACUACUGUGGUGAUUGUUGGAGCUGGCCCUUCUGGACUGGCAAUGGCAGCAUGUCUAGGCAAAAAGUCAAUACCAUAUAUUUUGUUAGAGCAAGAAGAUUGCUAUGGCUCACUUUGGAAGAAAAACUCAUACGAUAGGCUAAGCCUUCAUUUGGCUAAAUGUUUUUGCUCAUUGCCCCAUAAACCCCACAAAUUUUCCACCCCCACAUUUAUGUCCAAACAUGAGUUUAGCUCUUACUUAGACUCUUAUGUGAACCAUUUCAACAUAAACCCUCGUUACAAUCGCUCUGUUGAGGUGGCUUAUUUGAAUUAUAAGGAUGGUGACAAUAUGAAGUACUACUGGAAGAUCGAGACCAACAACAUGUUGUCGGGAGAGCGUGAAAUCUAUGCUGCUGAGUUCUUGGUUGUUGCCACUGGUGAGAAUGCUAAGGCUUUCAUUCCAGAUAUCCAUGGGAUUGAAAGUUUCAAGGGGGAGCUCAUUCAUUCCUCACAAUAUACAAAUGGACGAAAGUAUGAAGGAAAAUCUGUUUUGGUUGUUGGCUCAGGCAACUCUGGCAUGGAAAUCAGUAAUGAUCUUUCUGAGUUUGGUGCUCAAACAUGUAUAGUGAUUAGAAGCCCUUUACAUGUGUUAAGCAAAACAAUGGUGUACGUAGGAAUGUUGAUGUUGAAACUGAAGAUGAGUAUCAAUUAUGUGGAUAAGUUAAUUUUGUGGCUAGCAAAAUUUUACUAUGCAGAUCUACCCAAGUAUGGGAUUCAUCGACCUCGAUUGGGACCUUUCCUUUUCAAGGCCAGUGGUGGAAAAACUCCAGUCAUCGAUGGAGGAAGCAUUGACAAAAUCCGUUCACAAAAAAUUAAGGUUGUUCCCGCAAUAAAAAGUAUCACUGGAAACAACGUUCAUUUUGACGAUGGAACUCAAGGGAAUUUUGAUGUUAUCAUAUUGGCCACUGGUUACAAAAGUGUAGCAAUGGAAUGGGUGAAGGACUAUAAGUAUGGUCUGAACGAGAAAGGAAUGCCAAAAAACAAGUAUCCAAAUCACUGGAAAGGAGAUAAUGGUAUCUAUUGCAUUGGCAUGUCUGGAAGAGGACUAGCUGGUAUUUCGUCUGAUGCAAUCCUUGUAGCCAACGAUAUUCAUAACAUACUUAAUAUUGGCAGAACAAGGACUACAAAAUUGAAGUGGUUUUAAACUAGGGAAACUAUAUAUCAUUAUAUAUACUUCUAAUAAUAUAUUAUGAGAGUCUUAGUUAAUUUGUAUGUUGAACCUUAGUUAUUAGCUAAAUUGUCGUUUGUGUCCUGCUAUGCUCAAACUUUAUGUUUCUGAGUUGGCUUGCUUAUAUAUUGUCAGUAUUUUGUUUUGUUUUGGUAAGUCAAUUAAAUGUGUGUCUCCUUUUAUGAAUCUAUUAUGAUUAUCCAUGUAUGAUUAAAUUUUAGAAAUUUUUAUU